ACAAAAUAAAUAUACAAAAGUUAGCAUUAUACACAAGUUAGCAUAAACACAAGUUAGCAUAAACACAACUUAAAAUAUAUGGUGAAAAUAAGCAAUAUAGAUUUGUAUAAAGCAUUAUAUAGUUAUGCAAUCAUGAGUUUAUAAUUAUAUAAGAUGUGUUAAGUUUACAACAUGUGAAGUAUCUAAGACAUGUGUUGAGCCAAAAACAUAUGCAGUACCUUGGACAUUUUUUGAGUCUCAAAUUGGAGUGGCAACUAGGGCAUAUUGAGCUUAAACCAUGGGAGGUAUCUAGGAGGCCAGGACAUAUCUUGAGCCCUUAAACAUGAAUGAUAACUAAGGAAUUUGUUGAGCCAAAAACAUGUGCGGCACCUCAGACAAGUGUUGAGCCAAAAACAUGUGCAGCACCUCAGACAAGUGUUGAGCCAAAAACAUGUGCAGCACCUAAGACAAGUGUUGAGCCAAAAACAUGUGCAGCACCUAAGACAAGUGUUGAGCUAAAAACAUGUGCAGCACCUCAGACAAGUGUUGAGCCAAAAACAUGUGCAGCACCUAAGACAAGUGUUGAGCCAAAAACAUGUGCAGCACCUAAGACAAGUGUUGAGCCAAAAACAUGUGCAGCACCUCAGACAAGUGUUGAGCCAAAAACAUGUGCAGCACCUAAGACAAGUGUUGAGCCAAAAACAUGUGCAGCACCUAAGACAAGUGUUGAGCCAAAAACAUGUGCAGCACCUAAGACAAGUGUUGAGCCAAAAACAUGUGCAGCACCUAAGACAAGUGUUGAGCCAAAAACAUGUGCAGCACCUAAGACAAGUGUUGAGCCAAAAACAUGUGCAGCACCUCAGAGUGUAACCAAUGACAACACUGCAUUAACUGUACAAUCAUAUGAUAAUAUGUCAGUCAUGAAUGUGAUUCUAAUAAAACCUGAUUGUGAUUCUAGUAAAAUAAAAAGUUUUAUAUUGAAAAAAGGGAAGAGAAUAAUUAACAUAAACUGUGUUUGCCUUUACAAUAUAUGAAGACAAUCCUUCAGUUUUGGUAUAAAAAAAUUCACAUUUGCUUUAACAUUAAGUAGCACUCAUUCAUAAACUACUCUUUAUUGAAUUUUAUAUUGAACUUAGGAUAGGUAUAGUGAUAAAUCUGCAUUUUUAUUAAAACAAUUUAUUAUCAGAACUAUAUUCAAAGUAAAAAAUCCAUAAAACUGUAACCUUUUACAAAAACAUGAAUGAGUAUCCUUAUGGUGAAACCAGUACUUACCUAUCCUUUUACAUAAAUACUGAUAUCUCUUAUUAUACCAAAUAUAAUAAGUUGACAAAAUAAAUGCAGACAAUACUGUCUACAACUAAAUCACAACUCAAUCAGAAUUAGAGUGGUGGGCUAAUUGGUAAAGAUUUCUGGCUGUCAACCUAUGGUUUGUGGUUCAAGCACUACGCUGUUCACAACAAUGUUUCCUACAUUACACCUGUUCUGGUUUGAGCCAGGAAACAGAUUUAAAAGUGAUAAAGAUAAGUUGCAACAAAUUCUUCCAUCAUUCUUUUUUUAAAUUCAGUGUUUGAAAUUAUUUUAUGUCCAAUAGGAUUGCAGUAUUUCAGGUGAAUCGUAACACAGUUACUUUGGUAAAUUAGCAAACUGCACCGCACCUAUCCAAUUUAAUUUUGUAAAUAC